AUGGCCUCGUAUUCUGUUCUACUUUUUCGUCUCACAGGCCGCUAUCUUUUUUCUCCCUCAUCAACAUUGUUCGCAGUGUUCCUGUGUGGUUUUCCCUGCAAGAACCCGAAGAACGUCACGGGGGACGAUUUCUUCUUCAGUGGGCUUGAUAUUCCAGGAAACACAUCAAACACUCUCGGAUCCAGCAUAAUAAUCGUUGACGUCAAAGUUAUCCUGGGGCUCAACCUGCUGGGAAUAUCGUUGGAGCGCAUUGACUUCGCACCUGGCGGAGUGAACCCUCCCCACAUCCACCCUAGGGCCACCGAGAUACUCCUCGUCCUGGAGGGCACCCUCCUCGUGGGCUUCAUAACCUCCAACAACAAGCUCAUCGUCAAAGUCCUCGUCAAGGGCGAUGUUUUCGUGUUCCCCAAGGGCCUCAUCCACUUUCAGAUUAAUAUCAGCGUGAGUGUGGCGAUAGCUAUCACGGCUCUGAACAGCGAGAAACCUGGAAGCAUCGUCAUUGGUGACUCCAUUUUCGGGUCGCAUCUUCCCAUCCCCGUCGACGUCCUCACAAAGGCCUUCAACGUGGACGCGGACAUUAUCGAGAAGAUUCAGUCUAAGUUUUAA